UUUAAACAAAAUUAGUUUAAUAAAAAAAUAUUGUAAAAAUAUGAACGAAACUAAAGUACGGCUCAAUCAAAGUGAUUUAAAUUCGUCCUUUACGGAAGAGCUUCGUAAUGAAUUACAGAAAUGGCACAAAACCGAGUUGAUAAUCAAAAUACUGAAGCAACAACAGUCGCCGAUUUCCGUUGAUGAUAGAGCGCUACUGAGCAUGUACAAAUACGACAAUCCAUUGCCUCUAGGAUUGGACCGUAUUCGAAAUGUGGAGUUGAACUAUAACGAUCGGAUGAUAUUAAACGAACAUCUCGAAGCUAGAAUAACGGCACUGACCAAACCGGUGAUUGACAAGGUGUUAAAGUUAACAAAUAAUAAUUUGAACAAUCUAGCUAAUCCGCCAUUUAAGGAGUACUCGCAAAUGCUUGAAUUGGAAGCUGAAAAACGGAAAUUGACAGAAGAUUUAAUUAAACUGAAAAACCGCAAAGUGCACUUCAUGAAUCUAUGCGCUGAAAUGAGAACGGGUCCGUAUCAAAAAAAUAACAUUGAAACCAAGAAUGCCGAAUGUAGGGCACUGCACAUAAAAGCAGAGACAAUACAAAAAGUGAUGAUUCACGAAGUGAUAACUAGCACGGCACACGCAGUGAAAGCUGUCAAAGAAGUUGAAGCGAACAUCGAUACUCUGCUCAGUCUGAAAUAAGAAUAGAUACAACAAAGUUCGUCGAAUGACCCGUGGUAGAGAGCACCCCUGCCCGGAUGCUGGUCUUGUAAAGUGGCGCUUCAUAGCGA